AUGUGUAAUACAGCUGCACCACGGCCACGCCCCAAGCCUAGCCCAGCCCUACGGUACCGGGCGGUGGCGAUCUUAGCAGCACAGCCGCGCCAGCACAAGAUCACCACUCCUUUAUCCCUGAGCACAACCCUCGAGCCAUCAGUCUCCUCUGGUACUCUCAGUCUCACAUCUCCUAUUGGUUACAUCAGGUCUUGUUUCAAGAGCAAGAACGGGACACCAAGGCAGCCAUCGGUGUGUAGCUAUGCUAGAGCCAAGCUGAAGAUCCUCAAGUCUGUGUUUGUCUGCCCUGAUCACUCGCUGGAUGGCUGCACAUUCUCUCAUGUCUGGGUUAUGUUUGUGUUCCAUGAGAACAGCCAAGAGAACUUCACCAAGGCCAAAGUGAAACCUCCAAGACUGGAUGGGAAGAAGGUUGGUGUGUUUGCCUCAAGGUCUCCUCAUAGACCCAAUCCUAUAGGACUCACCCUGGCAAGACUGGAUAAAGUGGAAGGAGAUACCUGUACGUCUGGUAUGGACAUGAUAGAUGGAACCCCAGUCCUGGAUGUCAAACCUUACGUUUCUGAUUACGACAACCCCAAGCAAACCUCUACCAGAACUACUGAUCAUGUUCACAAGAGGCUUGAUGAUGCCUCAAGGGUUCCAAGUGAAGUGCAAGAAACAAGAGAUGGGGCAUUACCAUCUCAGGUGGAUAGUCAAAGCAUAAAGACUGACCGAACAGAACAUUUCUCCAAGGACAGUACUACACGGUCACACGGCAUAGGUGAAUCAAGCGGUCAUGCCAAAGAUAUGACAUCAGACUUAAACACAGACAAUAGAGACAAUGGCAAUAGAACUACUUCAUGUGAGAGCAGUGAUGCUACUCAUACGCUUCAACCUGAAGAUGUUAGUGGAGAUGAUGUGAGAGUUGCAGACUGGGUAGGAGCUCCUCCGAUCAAGGAACUUACUGUUCGGUUCACUCCCAGUGCCAAAGCACAACUUGCUUGCAUUCUGGGGAAACACUGCUCCCAGGCCAUAGAAGACAUCCUGUCAGCGACCCCACGCUCUGUCUACAGGAGAAAGUCUUGCUCUGAUAGACUGUACUACUUCACCAUAGACAACCUUCACAUCACCAGCUGGUUUGGAGCGGGGUUUGUAGAGGUGCUUCAAGUGCAACCCUUUCCUUGGCUGAUAUACCCAAACACACUGCUGCGAGUGAAGGGCUGGCAUCAUCCAAAGUCAAUAGAUGAUUGUGAAACUCGUUAUAAUGAUGUCAUUGGGACGAUGAAAAGUUCCUAGGUUUAUCAGGAGGGUGUUUCACAAAGGUCCUAAGUUGAACUUAUCUCUAAGGUGGACUUACAAUUAUGGGAAGCUGCUAGCAUCUUUGAAAAGAAAUUCUACAAGUUGAUUUAAAAGGCAUAAAAUAUUGAUUCAAAUCAUUCAUAUUUUAAGGAGAUUUCUUGAUGUUC